UCUGCCUUGGUUGCUGUAGUUUGUGAGAAAGAAAAGGAGAGAGUCGGUAGUUUGAAGUUCGCUUUUAGCAUUAAAGCCUCUAUUACGUUUAAUAAUACCGACAUUUGUGCUUUGGGAUAUUAGUACCUUUUAUUGUGACGAUUGUUGGCUCCCGAGUCGGUGUUGUGUUAUAAAAAGAAGAUUGCAUGUUUUAUGUUAUUUGAUCGAGUUUUCUCAGUGUGGGGUAAUGAGGGACCGGUUGGCUGAUCUGACAGGCUUUAGCAAGAGUGAAGAUGAAGAAGCCACUGUCACUAUUGAGAAAGACCAGUCCAUGGAUGGAUUCUUCCAAAAUGUUGAAGAAGUUCGAGACCUUAUUGAUAAAAUUGCAACUCAUGUAGAGGAAGUAAAAAAGAAACACAGUGUCAUCCUGUCUGCCCCGAAUCCUGAGGAAAAAACACAGGAAGAACUUGAGCAGCUUAAUAAUGAAAUCAAGAAAAAAGCCAACAAAAUUCAAGCAAAGUUAAAGUCAAUGGAACAAAACUUUUCCCAGGAACAAAACCAACAUUCAGUGCGCCACCGUAUUCAAGACACGCAGCACUCGGUGCUAUCUCUGAAGUUUGGGGAAGUCAUGACGAAAUACAAUGAAACUCAAAUAUCAUUUCGGGAAAGAAGUAAAGGAAGAAUACAAAGGCAGCUGGAGAUAACUGGUAAAGUGACCACAGACGAUGAACUGGAAGAUAUGCUAGAAAGUGGCAACCCUUCUAUUUUUACUUGUGAUAUCAUCUCAGACUCCCAUAUCACUCGGCAGGCGUUGAAUGAGAUUGAAUCCCGACACAAAGACAUCAUCAAACUGGAAUCGAGCAUUAAGGAGCUGCAUGAGAUGUUUGUGGACAUGGCCAUGCUCGUGGAAUCUCAGGGGGAAACGAUAAAUAACAUAGAGAAACACGUAACAAAUUCAGUUGACUAUAUAGAACAUGCCAAAGAAGAAACAAAGAAAGCCUUGAAAUACCAGAGUAAAGCCAGAAGGAAAAUGUUUCUGCUAUCUAUUUGUGUGGUUGUUAGUCUCAUCAUUUUGGCUAUUAUCAUCGCGGUGUCUCUGUCAUAGUACCUGUCUACUGCAGACACAGGAGCCUGCAUCAUCUCAAACUGGAGGAGGAAACCUGAGCACCUCUCAACAUUUCAAACUGUUGUAAUUAGCAUCUGCGUUUCUAAAUAACACUAAUUCUAAUCUCUGGUGGGGAAUUGAGCUUUCAGACAGCUUUAAUCAAGACAUGGUUUAUAAGAUGCACAUUAUUUUCUGUUACACAGUUACAAGUUUCAAUGCCAUCUGGACUUGUGUCCACAUUUAAUAAUCAAGCCCAUGUUCUGAGAUGCAGUGCAACUGUUUAUCUCCAUAUUCCCCACCACAGAUAUUUAGCAACUAUACUAUUAAGGUAGACCAAGAUUAGUGCUAAUUGGCACCUGUGAAACUACUGUAAGAGUCUUAACAAAUGCACACACCAGUGUUAGAAUUGGCAGGGGAGGAGUGUGUUGACAGACCUCUGAUGGACCAGUUCAGGUGUAUAUUUUCUGUCUUUUUAUAAUGAAGAUAUGUAUCUAAAGAAGAGACCAAAUACUUCCCAAGACCUCAUUAUGUUCAGUAGCAUUACAUUUGUGCUGCUCUGUGUAUUUGAUUGUAUGAUAGUUUGUGUGAUAGUCAGAUAUUCUUUUUUUGUAUGUUUUAUUCAAAUUACACUGGAUUUGUGUUCCUGCCAUGUGCUUUUACAUGAAAGAAAGCUAUCAGAAAGCAAACCCACACAUGCCUUCAUGUUUUGUAUAAAGGUUAAGUCUGUCAUAAAAGUUGAACAGCUUCACUUUCUAUUAUAAUGGAAUUUUCGAUACAGAUACCAAAUACAUUUGUUAUGGUAGUAUGUAAACAAACCUGAACUUUUGUAAUGGUUUUUACAAUUAUUUCUAAGUAUGCUAUUCAAAUAAUUUAAAAUGUAAAUAGUAUGUGCUUUGCAGUCACCACAAAAGCAGCAAGUAAGAGACUGUCUUGUUGUAUGCAGUCUUAAAGUUCUACACCUGAAACUUUAUAAGAUUCCAACUGGAGGGCCUUUGUAUAGUUGGUUAUGUGACCCUACAUUAGAUGAAGUUACCGUUCUGUACUUGUCUUGGUGAAUCUGGCUGAUAAUUCUAUCGUGAUACAUAGUGUACAUACACCAAGUGUUGAGGCAGCAUGCUUGUUGGAGGGUACUGUAGUGUACUGCAUGCACUGUUGAAUUUGCCACAAUAGCACAAAUAUAGACAUGCUUCAGUCUUCUUACCUACAACUUGGGAGGUAUGAUGAGAUGAUAAGGUACAUUUACAAUGUAUUUUUGAUACCAGAAAUAGAACAAGAACAGUAUUGUAUUGUAUUACAGUAUAGUAAUAUUGGGGUAGCUAGCUUUUGUCUUCACAGUUUUAUUGUUUGUUUUUUUUUCUUUUUGAUUUUACAGUUUUCCAUAGAUUUCCAUUUAUUGGAAAGUUAGGCAUCCGUUUCAGGUAACCCGUUCAAAUUAAAACACGUUUAUUAAAUUGAAUGCCAUUAUUUCUUCAAUUAUCAAGUCCCUUUUUUAAGCUAUAAAGUUAAUUUUCUUUUUCUAUAAUAACUUAGGAGGCAUGAUCAUAAAUACCAGAUUGACACUGUUUUGAAACCUUGUUUAUUUCCUAAAAGAAGUACAAUAAUGUACAAUUUCAUGAGAGAACUGUAUAUACUGGUUUUGAAUGUUAAAAAACAGAAAAUAUAUUCAUUUAAACCAAAAAGCUUUUUGUUUGUUACUAGCUCAGUACCACAUCUUAGUACUGUUUGUGGCUUGUAUGGAUAUUUUACGGUAUAUCUUAACACUGUAACAGCUUAAUUAAUUCUUGACAGUGGAUAAACAAAAAAAUAAAUAAAUGUUACCCAAACCAAA